UUUACUUAUGUUGACAUUGAGGAUACAUGGAACAAAAUACAUAAUUAUUUAUCACUUUCUGAGCGUCGUCAAACUUUAAAGUACUCCGUCUCAGGAUUUACGGCUCCAAUAAGGAUAUGGAUAUAUGAGAUGAUUCCGGCUGUUCGUGCAUGUGGAUUUGUAUUGAGAAAAAAUAAAGACUUGCCUCGGAUGAAACGAUGGAGUGGAACAAAAAAAUUGAAAUUGGUUGACGUGAACAAGAUUUGGUCAAAGAUACAGGAGGGGCAACCACCAAGACAAAACAUGUUACCGGGUGAUGGUUGUGCAAGAUGAAGUGAUGAAUAAAAACAAUACAACUGAAAAUGUUUUUGGUGAUAUUCAAGACGACAAGGUGUUGGAGGAGAGGAAUGACUAUGCGGGGAACAAAUUUGAUGAUGAUGUGUUUGAUGUAAAUGAUUAUAGUGAAGUUAAAGAGGAGUCGGAGGAGAGGAAUGACAAUGCGGGGAACAAAUUUGAUGAUGAUGUGCCGGACGAAGACGAAAUAAUAAUAACGAGAAUUGUAGAUUAUUUUGAUGAGUAUGAUGGCAAAGAAGUUACACCCGAUAAACCGAGGACUCGAAAAUCAUCACAAUAUUUGUGCCCUCCUUACACCGAGGUAUUCGUUUUAUUUAUAAACUCUUGAUUUUAUGUUUAUGUGAAUUAUCUGAAAGAUAUAGAUUUAAACAUUUGAAUAUUGUUUUUAGUUGCA